AUGCAUGCACCAAAUGCUUCGUUUGUGGGGCCCCCUGUGAAAGGGCCCCCACACGCACCAGCACCAGCAGCAGCAGCAGCAGCAGCAGCAGCAGCAAUAGCAGCAGCAACAGUGAUCUUGCCUUGGCUGUACCCGGUGAGACGCACUGUACAGACAGACACCCAGCACCAGCAGCAACAGCAGCAACAGCAGCACCAGCAGCAGCAGCAGCAGCAGCAGCAGCAGCAGCAGCAACAGCAGCAGCAGCAGCAGCAGCAGCAGCAGCAGCAGUAUGUUUGUGUGUGUGUGCUGCAGCAGAAGUACUGGAGACGUGGUGGUCAGCUGCUGCGGCUAGCAGCAGCAACAGCAGCAGCAUCAGCAGCAGCAGCACCAACAGCAGCAGCAGCAGCACCAGCAGCAGCAGCAGCAGCAAUACAAGAUGAACAGAUAAGUACACUGCCGCAGGGACUACGAGCUCUUGCUGCAGCAGCACAGCGGCAGCAGCUUUUUGCUGCUCGUGCUGCGACGCAGCAGCAAGCAGCAGCAGCAGCACCAGCAGCAGCAGCAGCAGCAGCGGCAGCAGCAGCAGGGGGCAGGCCGUCUCUGUAUGAAGGCUUUGGUGAUGUCGCUGUCUCAGAGCCACACCGCCGAUAUGCUAUUCUCCUCAUGCACAGGCUGCAGCAGCGAGCUCUGUGGGACGCGCAGCGCUGCACGCCGAGCGGAAAUAUUUUGGUGCUGCGGGAGUAUGCUCGUGCUGUUGCUGCUGCUCGCGAGGCCCCGCUGCUGGUGCGUUCUCCUCUGGAGAUGGGCUGGGGACGCAUGCAGCAGCAGCAGCAGCAGCAGCAGCAGCAGCAGCAGCAGCAGAUGCAGCAGCAGCAGCAGAUGCAGAGGAUUGCUGGCUUUGCCACGCUCAGAGGACACGCAAGGUCACCUUUUGCUCGUGCUGCAGCAGAAUAUGAUGAUGAUGAUUCAGCAGCAGCAGCAGCAGCAGCAGCAGCAAGAGGUAGAGGUCGCAUGCAAAGAGCAGCAGCAGCAGCAGCAGCUGCUGCUGCUGCUCGCAGCAACCGAGCAUCCUCCUCAUCCACUGGGCGGCGUUUACGUGGGGGCCCCUCUGCAGCAGAAGCUGAGGGCUCCUCCCCCUCUCACAGCAGCAGCAGCAGCAGCAGCAGCAGCAGCAGCAGCAGCAGCAGCAGCAGGUUUCAACGCUCAUACAGCUGCAGCAGCUCCGUCAGCCAGGAGGACCCCAGAGACAGCCAGUGGGGGGCAGAGUUUUUGUCUCCGCGGCGGCAGCGGCGCAUGCGUCUUGCUUCUUCUUCUUCUUCCUGCAGCAGCAGCAGCAGCAGCAGCAGCAGCAGCAGCAGCAGCAGCACCAGCAGCAGCAGCGACACAGACUGCAGCGGGGGUGUCUCCACUCGCUCCUCAUCCUCAGCAGCAGCAGCAGCAGCAGCAGCAGCAGCAGCAGGAGUUCGUCGUUCUAGCCGUUGGCGCUCUCGGCGUCGUUUCGACUCUCCUGACGCAGAAACCAGCAGCAGCAGCAGCAGCAGCAGCAGCAGCAGCAGCAGCAGCAGCAGCAGGAAGGUGCGGCGCAGCAACCGCCUAGCUGGCGGCAGCCUAGCUGUGAAUGCUCUCGUGCUGCUGACGGACCCCACCGUCCCCGACAGCAGCAAAAGAGAGUUGCUGCGGCUAGCUGAUCCUGAUGAAAAACUACCCCCACAACGUAUUGAUGCAGCAGAGAGAUGCAUACACCUCAGAUAUGCUGCUCUGUCUCCUUUUCCUAGUGGCAGUGUUCUUGCUGUUAAGGAUCUGCUGCUGCUGCAGCAGCAAGCUGCUGCUGCUGCGCAUGCUGCUGCUGCGGCCAACGCUGCUGCUGCAGCAGCAGCUGCAGCUGCUGCUGCUGCUGCUGCAGAGCCGCAGCAAACUGCAGCAACACCCUCACCUCAUCAGCAGCUUAUGGCUCUUAUCAAGCAGCAGCAGCACUGGAUAGCUGAACCCUGCAGCAGCAGCAGCAGCAGCAGCAGCAGCAGCAGCAGGAUGUCUCCUCGUGCGCUUUCUUCUUCUGGUAUUCCCUCCUUCUCUUCUUCCUCCUCCUCCUCCUCAUCAGCAGCAGCAACAGCAGCAGCAGCAGCAGCAGCAGGAACAGCAGCAACAGCAGCACUAAGAACAGAAAAAAUAGAUGGGGGGUGUAUAGUAUGUCAUCAGCAGCACCGCUGCUCUCUCUGCCGCUUGUCUUCGUCUUUUGUCUUUCUGAGCAGCAGCAGCAGCAGCAGCAGCAGCAGCAGCAGGAUGUCUCCUCGUGCGCUUUCUUCUUCUGGUAUCCCCUCCUUCUCUUCUUCCUCCUCCUCCUCAUCAGCAGCAGCAACAGCAGCAGCAGCAGCAGCAGGAACAGCAGCAACAGCAGCACUAAGAACAGAAAAAAUAGAUGGGGGGUGUAUAGUAUGUCACCAGCAGCACCGCUGCUCUCUCUGCCGCUUGUCUUCGUCUUUUGUCUUUCUCCCUCCUCCUUUGAAUCGUAAAAUAGAAUUAGGAGAGCUUGUGGGGCCUUUUCGGGUGUAUGCAGACACCAGCAGCAGCAGCAGCAGCAGCAGCAGCAGCAGCAGCAGCGGCGGCGGUGGCGGUGGCGGUGGGGGAGGAGGAGGAGCACAGCAGCAGCAGCAGCAGCAGCAGCAGCAGCAUAGAAGCGGAGCUGGCGGCCUCUGGCUGCAUGUGUCAGAAGCAACGGCGCCCAGACGACAGCCUGGCCCCCCAUUUCUCUGGGGAUGUUUUGCGGAGUUUUUCGAUUCGUUCCUGGCUGCAGGGGGACCACCGCUGCAGCAGCAGCAGCAGCAGCAACAGCAGCAGCAGCAGCAACAGCAGCAGCAGCAGCAGCAACAGCAGCAGCAGCAGCAGCAGCAGCAGCAGCAGCAAUAA